AGGAGACUGAAUAGAAGAAAUUAGAGCGCGACCUUAAAAGCUUUUGCUCUCUCUAUCGCAUCAUCACUUCGGAGAACCUCCCCCGUCGCGCUCUUCCGGUGCCGUCAAUCAUCUCCGCCGCCGCCGCCGCCGCCGCCGUUUCUCGCCGUCUCCGAGCCGCACCUCCCCUCUCCCGUUCAUCUCCAUUGCCGGUCGGGGAGACUCGAGGCGGACCAGUCCCGCCGGAAGCUCCGUCGCCGGCGCUCGUCUUCUUCAUCGGAGACGCCGUCCAGAACCUCCUCGUGCAGGUUCGACCGGUGAUCGCGGUCGAGAUUUCUCCUCGGCAAGGCAAGGUUCGAAGUCUUCUGUCUCGCUGGAGCUUCUGUGGGGGUCUGGAGGGUAUGAACCGUGCUUGCCAUUUCAUAGCUACUAAGUCCAUAAUCUUUGGUGCUGUAGCUGCCAAGAAGUCAUUCAAUUUUUCUCCUAAGUUUUCUCGGCAGUCUUGGAUCCGGGAGAUCAGAAUGGAGAAGGGUCAGAAUAACUGCCUAAACGGUGGCAGCAGAGAGUCAAGAGGUGCUCUUAUUGUUCUAGAAGGAUUGGAUCGUAGUGGUAAGAGUACGCAGUCGAUGAGGCUGGUUUCUUUCUUGGAGGGACUGGGGCAUUCGACUGAACUAUGGCGAUUUCCAGACAGAACCACAAGCAUUGGUCAGAUGAUAUCGUCCUACCUCUCUAAUGAAUCGCAGUUAGAUGACUACACGACACAUCUACUAUUCAGUGCUAACAGAUGGGAGAAGAGAUCUUUGAUGGAAAAAAAGCUGAAAUCGGGGACCACCCUCAUUGUUGACCGAUAUUCAUACUCUGGCAUUGCUUUUUCAUCUGCCAAAGGACUUGAUUUUGAAUGGUGCAAGGCACCAGAGAUUGGUUUGUUGGCCCCAGAUGUUGUCUUCUAUUUGGACAUACCACCUGAGAAAGCUGCGGAGAGAGGAGGAUAUGGAGAUGAGAGGUAUGAGAAACUUGAGUUUCAAAGGAAGGUUGGUAAAAGCUACCAGGCUCUGUGUGAUGCCUCCUGGAAGAUUGUAGAUGCUCUGUUACCAAUGGAAGAUAUAUCAAAACAGAUGCAGGAGAUCGCGAUCAAUUGUGUCUUGGAAUGUCAAAAAGGCAAGUGCCUUUCACAUCUAUGGUCAUGUUGAUUCUGUCUAGCAACAUUGAAGACCUCACACUACCGGCUGGUUGUUUUACUCGAGAACGCGAUCUACAGCUAUUUAUAUCUCAUUGUAAGAGGAAAAUUGCAUGCGGCGUUAGCUAUGAGACUUUUUACCGUUUCAGGACCAUUUUGAAGUAUGAUAUUACUUUGUGAGUCAACAGUAUUACAAUGAGCUUAGUGUGUUGAGUUGCGUUUUUAUUCGAAUUUACUCUGUACUUCGUGUUAAUAUUGCCCUAAGAUGGAUUGUCAAACAAAUUCUCUCUUCUUAACAAUUAUGAAGUGAUUAUAUUGGAUUCUA